CUCAUUUCUUUGUUACAAUUGUGAUAUAUUUAUAUUUCUGAAUCGAAAAGAAAAGUAUAAUCUCUUUGUCUAGGUGCAAUAGAACAGAAUAGAAUCCAGCUCGAAAUAUGGCCAAAACUAAAACGAUUAGCAAAGGAUGCCCCAAGUGCGAACAGCAGGUACCUGUUGCCUGCAAAGCUUGUCCUUGUGGACAUUCCUUUUUCAAUGCACGACGCAAUUCUAUCAAAAGUCCACCCAGUCCUGACGGUGGAGUGAUGAAGACAAGGAGAACUAAUCGCAUUAAACGUGAGAAACCAAAUUAUUAUGAUGCUUUGGAAUAUGACAAACAGAUGAAAAAAAAUACUAAGAUCAGACAAACCACAGAUACUACAAGUGAUAUCGAUUGUCGCCAGUUGAACAAAAAAAAGAAACGGAAAGGAAAGGGAAAGGGCAAAAGUGGCAGUAAUAGUGGGAUAGGUGAUGAUGAUGAUGAAAUGGAUGGAAUCAAUGGAUUAUCUCCAGAGAAACAACUCACUUGUUCUCUCAUAUUGCAAGAACUGAACAAUAAGAUGAGAGUGGUAGCUUGGAAGCCCAUGUGAAAUUAAAAAUAGAUAUAGAUACAUGUGUAUCUCCUUGACAAAUUGAACAACAUCACUUCGACAUGAUUGCUUUACUAUGUGCAGUAGUAAGGCACAAAUAAAAUGAAGGUAAGCGGUGUAAUGCGAGUUCCUACAGCAUCGGAAAUUUACCGAAAUACAUCGAUUUCAAUCUCUAUACAGAUUUAUCUACAAAUAUAACUAACUGCCAUAUAAAAGUCUCCAAUAUAACUCUAAAUGUGGAAUACAAAUACAGACUUUAUAGUUUAACAAACAAAAUCUUUCGAUCUAUUUAUAGCGAUCGUUAUACUUAUCUAUUUGAAGAUUAAAAAUACGUAAAAGUCAUGACAUGUGUAUUUUAUUUAUAUAAAUAUUUAGAGUUAUCUGUAAAAAAAAAUAUUUUAUAUUUGUCAAUGUUUUAAAUAUUGUAUAAAACUCUCCAAAAUAUGAAUUUCGUAUAUAUUUAUAUUAAAGAGCUGAAUUGUGGUAAUAAAAAAUUUGUAUAUAUGAUGUAAAUAAUAAAGAUAAACA